AUGGCAUGUGAUUCGAGCUCCGAACGAGAGUCCAGCGAGCACUCCAAGCCACGGAAGGCCAAGGCCAGCGACAGCACCGAGGACAAGUCUGCCUCUCCCAGCAAGGGCAAGGUGAAGAGGAAGAAGACUGACAGCUCGGAGGAGAAGAGUCCCGUUCCCGAGUCCACGGACGAAGAGGUGGAGGAGGACAAGGCGACCAAAGACAAGGCAAAUGAAAGCUCCAACGAGAGCAGCAGUGGAAAUGAGGAGGGCCAGGAUGAGGACGAGGAUGACGGCGAAGAGUGCAAACAAGCGCAGGAGGCCGCAGCGACAGCUGCAGAGCAGGCCCAGGCCGCCAGGUCAAAGCUGGAGGAAGCCAAGGCAGAGCUGAUGAAGCUGAACAAGGAAACCGACACCAUGAAGAAAGAGGCCCUGCAGGCUGCCGAAAAGGCGCAGCAGGCCGAGAAGACACGUGAUGCUGCCAAGAAGGAAGCCGAGGCCGCGACUUCGAGGCUGAAAUCGGCCGAUGCCGUCUACAAAGUGGCCAGUGAGCACCUGAAGGCCUCAGCCAAGAAGCUCAAGGAAGUCCAGGCCAAGAUUCCGGCGGCCCAUGACAGCAUCGAUGCGCGAGCUGCGGAGUACCAGGCGUCUGAAAAAGCGGCAGCUGCGGCGCAGGAAGCGGCUGACGCUGCCAAAGAGGCUGGCAGGCAGCGGCGGGCGAAAGAGGCGGAGGCGCGAAAAGCUGCGGCAAAGAAGGCGAAAGAAAAGGCAGAGGAAGAGGCUAAAGCGGCUAAAGCGCAACAGGAGGCUCGGAAAAAGAAGCUGCGGAAGAGGAAAGCAGCAAGCCCAUCAUCGAGCGCUGCGCCCCCCGAGGAGCAAUCGGAGCGCAGUGAAUCCGAAAAGGCUUCUCCGAAAGGAGAAUGCUCGGAAUCCGAAAAGGAAGCUUCCCCCGAUGGACAGGAAGGUUCCGAAUCUGACAAAGACAGAGAAGGCUCGCCUUCUGCCUCUGCGAAGCGCAGCGAGCCGCGGUCCCAACAGAAGCGAGCCCGCCGGAAGAAGGAGGAAGCUGAGGAGUCUGACGAUAGGUCGAGCGACUCCAAGGUCAAGAAAUCGCCUCCGAGACGACGGGCUUCGGCGAGGAAAAGCUCCGCGAGGAAGCGGUCAGCAUCCAGGCGAAAGUCUUCGUCCUCCGAGAGGCCUGCCAAAAGCAGGAGCGGACGGCGGAAAGCCGCAUCCAGCUCCAGGCGCAGAAGAUCCGAAUCCGCGUCCAACAGGAAGAGGCACCGGCACGGAGCCAAGCUACUGAGAGCUCCUGGCAGGUCUGCACCGAAAGUAGGAAAAUUUUGA